AUGCUUGACACCGACGACCUCGAGUACGAGAGUGAAUACAGGGAGGACGAGGACUAUGAUGAGGUCCUGGAGAUGGACGGCUCGGAGCAGACCGCGAUGGGUGCUGAGCCCUGCAGCCUGCCGCUGGACGAGGGGGACUGCCAGCGCUACACGCUGCGGUGGUACUACAACCAAAGAGUCACCGAGUGCCGGCCCUUCGUUUACAGCGGCUGUCGGGGCAACCUCAACCGCUUCGACAGCAAGGAGGAGUGCGAGCUGCACUGCGGGCAGCGCCCAGGGGCAGAUGCCCACGGCGUUGCUGGUGGCAAGGCGGGAGGGCAGCCGGCAGUGUAG